AGGAGAGAGAGGGGGGGGGGUGGAUUUGAGCUUUAGAAGAGGAGAAGCUAGUAGCAGUGCUGUUGUUGCAGGGUCAGUCUGGGAAACUAGAAUGAAGAAUGAUGACGUUAAAGGUGGAAUUAAGGUUUUCAAUGGUGAAGAAAAUGGCAAUGCUGGUGGUACUGGUAGUAAAAGGUUGAGCUUGAAGAAAGGUCAAACCGUUGGCGGCGGUGUGGGCAAGAGGAAGAACUGGAAAAAUGAAAGCUUUGAAGGGUUAGAGAAGAACCCAAUUCAGAUUUCCAAAGGCAAAAUCCAAAAUCAGGUUGCUAAAGGAAGAUCUCUGGAGCAUUGCAAAGACGUGAGCUUGUCUGUUGAUGGGAUUAGUAAGAAAAGUCCUGUUCAAGUCAAGAAAGGAAGAUCUGAAGGAACGAGGGAGCAGAAUAAGUCUGUUGAUGGAAUCGAGAGAAGCCCAAUUCAUAUGAAGAAACCAAGAUCUGAAGUACCCAUAAAGUCCGCUGAGCUGAGAAAAAACGGAAAUGUAGCUGGUGAGAGAAUGGAGGAGAAUUCAGUUCAAUUAAGGAAGGCAGAAUCAGAUCAGUCAGCAAGUAAUGGGAAGAUAAACGAAGGGAAUGAAAAAGCUUUGGGUUUGGAUGAUCAAAAGGAGGGAAAUAAUGUUUCCAUUGAAGAAAACGAGAAGAAUGGAUCUGAGUCUGAGGAGAAUUGUAAAGAGUUUGGUGUGUGCCAAGAAAAUGUCAUUACAAGCAGUACAAGCAAUGGGGAGUUAGUAGGAUCAUCUCCAGAUGUAUCAGUUGAUGAUGAUGAUGGUGGUGGUGGUGUUGAAGAUGAUGAUGAAUCUUCUGAAGAUGAAGAAGAGGAGGAGGAAAUUGAGGUGGUUGGGAAUGAAAAGAAGAGUUUUGAUGACAUCAAGGAAAUGAAUGUACAAGAGAAGCAGCCUGACAAAGUGGCUGAUGAAGUGAAGAAAUUACCAGAAACAAAACCUGAAAAAGCUGUCAAUGAAGUUAAGAAAAUUAGCCAAUUCCAUAACAGAAGUGCACCAUUUUCUUCAACAGUGAAAAAACAGUCUCCGCCGGUUGUAAAACGUGCCACACCACUUUGCACAACUCCUACAGAAGUUGCAAAAUCCACUCCUUUUUCAGCCUCAGAUGAUUAUCAUUACCAGAGCUUCCCACAAACUCAGAACAAAUGGCAGAAUCUAGUUGAUUUAGUAAUGUGGAGAGAUGUACCGAAAUCAACAUUGGUGUUUGGGAUGGGAACAUUUAUCAUUAUCUCCUCUUCUUACACCCAAGGCCUCAACAUCAGCUGUAUUUCUGCAAUUUCGUACAUGUGUCUUGCUUACCUAGCCUUCAUAUUCCUUUACAGAUCAAUAAUCUGCAGGGGAGUUGUGGAUACAGAGGAAUCAAGCUAUGUGGUUGGAGAAGAAGAAGUUUUUUGGGUACUUAAAUUGGUCCUUCCUUACUUGAAUGAGUUCCUAAUAAAGCUGAGAGCACUCUUUUCUGGUGAUCCUGCAACAACCAUGAAGCUGGCAGUGCUGCUGUUUGUUUUGGCCAGGUGUGGCAGCUCUAUAACCAUCUGGAAAAUGACCAAACUGGGUUUUUUUGGCGUUUUCACGGUUCCAAAAGUCUGCUCUUCUUAUUCCCAGCAAUUAACUGCCUACGGAAAAUUUUGGAUUCGGAGGUUUCGAGAUGCGUGGGAGUCGUGCACACAUAAAAAAGCCGUGGCGAUGGCCAUCUUCACUCUGGUUUGGAACCUGUGUUCCGUCGUGGCUCGAAUUUGGGCAGCAUUCAUGCUGUUUGUGGCCCUGCGAUAUUAUCAGCAAAAAAUGGUGGCAGAUGAUUGGGUGGAGGAUGAAGAUGGGCCUAGUUGUGGGCAAACAUCAAAAGGACCCAUGUGAACACAAAGACACGGCCUUGCUCCUUCUAGGGUCGAUGUAAUUAAGGGAGCCUAAGAUUGUUUGUUGGCCCAUGCUUACAGUAGGUGCCGGUUCUUUUAUUUCUACUUCCAAUUCAAGAUAUAGUUUUAUAGUAGCAUAUAUAUUGGGGGCAAAAUGCCAGAAUAAUGCAGUAUGGGAAAAUUUUUUCCCACAAUAACGUGGUUCCAAUAUUAUUUUCUUAUCUAAGGUAUUUUCAUAGGACACGCUUAAAGACCUCAAGAUGCCUUGGCGUUUUCAGGCUAAAAUUUUACAUGCAUAAUCUAUAAGGAUUAUUAGCCAUCUUUAGUUAAAUUCUUUCUCAUUGCUGUACAUUUUUUUAAUUUAAAAAUUAUGGACGCCUUGCUUACCCGACGUUGUUACUGUUCACAUGGGGCCAGCGACGAAGUGCAGGCGUAGCGAGCAGGGGGAGUAGUGAUGAGCAGGUGCAACUACCUUUUUUUUUUAAUAUAAUUGCAUGCAGCAUGCAUGUGAACUGGACAACUCUUCCCUCGCCUGGACCCAUGUGAACAGUGAAAUGUACAGUAAUCAGAGGAAGAAUUUAACUAAAGAGUCCGAGUAAUCUCGUUGAUUAUGAAUGCAAAAUUUUUAACCUCAAAACGUCGAGAUAUCAUGAGGUCUUUAGGCAUGUACUGUAAAAAAU